AUGGCACAAAAUUGGCUGUCAGGCCUUGUCAUCGCCGCCUGUGGCAACAUCCCCGGCAGUACCCAUGAUGAUAUCGAACGGAUGGUCGAAGAAUGCGGAGCCAAGUUCGCGGCAAUGGACAUCAGUGACUGCACGCAUCUCGUGACAACCCAGCACGAUGUGGACAGAGGGGCCAAGAAAGUGAUCGAAGCUGGCUCAGUCAGCGGCUGCCAGAUUGUCUCCGUGGGCUGGUUGCAUAAAGCCAUGAAAAACAACCAGUCCCAGAAAGCUGGGAAGUUCCAACUUCAUCCCAUCCGGACUAGUUUGAAGAAGGCACCUGAGCCUUCAGCAGUGAAGCAAAGCAAGAAACGCGGUUUGGAUUCGGAUGCUGAGGGUGGUGGUGAUGAAUCUAGAUCCACAAAGAAACCACGCUUCGUCCAGACCGUUAGUCUCAAGGUGCGGACUGCAAUUGUGGACCGAUCGUACAGCGGAGACAGUUAG